AUUCUAAUUGUGGAUUUCCAAUUUGAUUUUGGAGUAGGACUUAGGAACUGAAUGCGUUGCGGAUCAUCAUGGACCUUCAAAGAUGAACUUUUAAAUUUUCACCUUCGGUCCACUCCUAAUGUUUGUGAUGUGGGAUUUGCUCGUAGGUUCCAAGUUCUUCAGUGGGGGCAAGAUGGACAAGGCGGGAAGUGGUGAUUUGUCCCUUUGAAGUCAAUUUGUUUGGUUAUUGGUAAAAAUUUUAACUCCUUACCUUUUCCAAAAUCAAAGUUAGCUCGGUUAAGCUUUUGUUGGUUAAUUUGUUAUAGCCUUGGUAUACUUGGUCAUCGUAUGGAAAACUAACAAAGGCUUAUUAAUCUU